CGGCCCGCGCAUGCGCGGUGGUGGCGGCGCGAUGGCGGCGGGCGGCGCGCGGCCCGGCGUGGUGCUGGGCGCCAUGGAGGUGGGCCGGCGUGCCGGGCCCGAGGCCAGCGCCGCGCUGCUGCGCGCCUUCCUGCGCCGCGGCUACCGCCUCCUCGAUACCGCGUACAUGUACGCGGGUGGCGAGUCCGAGCGUAUCCUGGGCGUGCUGCUGGCUGGCGGCACGGAGCCCGUGGAAGUCGCCACCAAGGCCAACCCCUGGGAUGGGAAGACGUUGAAGCCUGAGAGCGUGCGAUCGCAGCUGGACACAUCCCUGGAGAGGCUGAAGAGGACAAGUGUGGAGCUCUUCUACCUCCAUGCUCCUGACCAUGGGACCCCAGUCGAGGAGACACUGCGUGCCUGCAAUGAGCUGCACAAAGAAGGAAAGUUUAAAGAACUGGGUCUAUCAAACUAUGCGGCAUGGGAGGUCGCAGAAAUCUGCACUAUCUGCAAAUACAACAACUGGGUGAUGCCGACCGUGUACCAGGGUAUGUACAAUGCGACCACUCGCCAGGUGGAAGCCGAGCUGUUCCCUUGCCUGAGAUACUACGGGCUGCGGUUCUAUGCCUACAAUCCACUUGCAGGAGGGCUGUUGACUGGCAAGUACAAGUAUGAAGACAAAGACACACGCCAGCCCACUGGAAGAUUUUUUGGGAAUGACUGGGCUCAAGCCUACAGGGACAGGUACUGGAAAAAGCACAAUUUUGAAGGCAUUGCCCUCGUAGAGAGAGCACUGAAAGAUGCUUACGGCUCCAACGCACCGAGCCUGACCUCUGCUGCUUUGCGUUGGCUGUACAAUCACUCCCAACUGCAGGGUUCUCUUGGAGACGCCGUGAUCAUUGGGAUGUCCAACCUGGAGCAGCUGGAGCAGAACCUUGACUACAGUGAAGAGGGUCCCCUGCUCCCGCCUGUUGUGGAAGCGUUUGAUAAAGCCUGGAAUCUGACUGCGCAUGACUGCCCCAACUACUUCCGCUAGAGACAGGGUGGGGACAAGAAAACAGGUGUCGUGGGGGCAGAUAAUGAAGCCACAAAUCUCUCUAAGCAUGGGAGAGGUACUUACCCAGCUUGCCCCUUUGAUCGAUGUGCAAAUGGUUUCAGAUUUUUCCUAUAUUAAUGAAGCCUUGUAGGAUCCACUACCACUGUCAGAACUUGUCACGCUGGGCCAUGCCUUAAUCCUUUUCCCCUUGUGGACUUCCAGCUCUAUGCAGUGCAUACUGACUCAAAAAUUCAACUGAUCAGGGAAAAUGAAUACGUAACUGGAUGAAGACCCCAGUUCUGCUUUAACACAGUAUCUUAAUUGUGUACAAGAAUAAAACCUUUCUCUAACGCA